GCAAAAGCAGCAGCAGCCUGAGGCCAGGGGAAUAUCCCCUCAGUAGGCAGCCCCACAGGUGGCCCCAGCCUCAGGAACAUGCUGGCCUGAGCCCCGUGGGGUCCCUAGCAGGGUUAUGGAGGGCUAACACAAGAGAUGUAGAGAUAGAUGGGAGUUUGGGUCACUUACAUCCCAACUGGGCUUUGAGAAGGGACCUCAAAGUAAAUUAGUGAACAACAAACAACAUCGGUGCACAGGGAACAGCUUUUUGGCCACAAAAAAACCCACAAGUGUGUUAAUGGGAGCAAAGGAUGAGAAUAAACCCUCUCCUUCCACUGGAGAAUACUGAUGGGAACUGCCUGCCUCUUAUAAUAGCUUUCCUAGCCAUCAUCUGCAUUUGUGCAACACUCUCAUUUACUUAGACUGAGCAGUGUUGGGCACCUUUUUGCAUGUUUUUAUUUUCCCAAUUUUCCAGAAGAAGAUGCAGACCAAAGAGUUAAUCACUUUCCUGAGGAUGCAGGACUCGGCUUUUCUGAUGCAGGCCUCGUAUUCUUUCUGCUCCGGUGCAGCCCCCUCCUAGCUUUCGUCCACCCAUGCUGAGACCAGAGCUCCAGGAUGAGAAGGAUACUCACACAGUGGCUGCCCUGCCCAGGGCUGUACCACAGGCCCUUGGCCCAGGAUCUCUGAUCUCUGCUAAGCCUGAACUACAACAAACAGCUCAGGAAAGCAACACAGAAGCAAGCCCUGGACCCUGAGAGAAGAAAGGUCUUGUACCAAGGUUGGAUCUGGCCCAGACAGGAGGGACAGAGACUGGAGGGAAGGAGCUAACAAGAUGAGAGAGGCCAGGCUUGUCCAUGAAUGGCUACAUCAAGGUGCAAUGCAAGGCACUUCCUGGGAUCAUGCAGGGAGUGAGACAGAGGCGUGGGUACAGUCCAGUCAGCACACCAGGCUAGGAGCUUCCACAGCCAGGCCCAACGUGGCUCUCUGGGAACGCGGUGGAGGCGGCUCACCUCUGCUCCAUGAUGACUGGGCCACAGUGUUGAUCGGCGUGGGCACUGAGACCUUCCUCCAGGGCCAGUUCAAAAGCCUGGCUUUCUAUCUGCUGUUUACAGGAGCCGCUGUCUCCAUAUGCGAAGGGGCCUACUUUGUGGCUCAGCUGCUGGCCAUCUGCUUCCAGUGUCAACCAGGGUCCCUGGCAGGCAGAGUAAGGGAGAAAGCCCACUGGCUGGGCUGCUUCCAGAAGUUCCUGGCCUACCUGCUGCUGUCGGUGGCCUGCUUCCUCCACCCGGUCCUGGUCUGGCACGUGACCAUCCCAGGCUCCAUGCUCAUCAUCACUGGCCUGGCCUACUUCCUUCUGAGCAAGCGGAAGAAGAGGAAAGCUGCCCCCGAGGUGCUGGCCUCCCCAGAGCAGUACACAGACCCCUCCAGCAGCGCUGUGAGCACCACUGGCUCUGGGGACACAGAGCAAACCUACACCUUCCAUGGGGCCCUCAAGGAGGGGCCCAGCUCCCUUUUCAUCCACAUGAAGAGUAUCCUGAAGGGGACCAAGAAGCCCAGUGCCCUCCAGCCCCCCAACACCCUGAUGGAGCUGAGCCUGGAGCCAGCCGACUCCCUGGCCAAGAAGAAGCAGGUGCACUUUGAAGACAACGUGGUCCGCAUUGUCCCCUCCCUCGCCGAAGGUCUGGAUGAUGGGGACAGUGAGCCAGAGGAGACCACCUCUGACACGACACCCAUCAUUCCCCCUCCCCAGGUCCCUCUCUUCCUAUCAUCUCUUACAGCCACUGGCCUGUUCUGAGCACUUGCUCCAGCCUGGAGGACGCUCAGUGAGGGGUCUACCUAGCUCAGUGGCCCUCCCUGGAGUUUCAGGGUCUUCUCGGGUCAGCUUUUCGAGGGGUAACCAGACACCCCCCCACUGGCUGGGCCCCUGAGGCCAUCAGGAGGUGUGACUGGCCAGCAUUUCUGCAGAGGCCUCGAGGGAGGCACAAACAAGGCUCACGCCACCUCAAGCCGGCACAAGCUCCUUCCUCCUGGCCACAGGUGGGGAACCCUUUUUGCUUCCCCAACGAGACCAUCACUGCCACUGUGCAUAAGGCUGCAGGUGCCAUUGACUCAGCCCAGAAGGGACAGAGGAUGUCUGCCCAGCAAAAGCCUCUGGGCUUUUCAUACUCCUGACCCAGGGCCCAGCACUCAGUGAGGAACCUAUGGUCCACCUAUCUCUGAAGGCCCAGGGAAGUGUCAGCAACUUAAGCAUCUCUAAGGCAGGAGAAGGUGGCCAUGGGUCUUGACAAACCGAGACUGCUCAGGGUCGGGAGGGGAGGCUGCAGGCCUCUGGUGGGAGCAGCCGGGCCGUGGGCCGCAUUCUCUGCAUGCUCUAGGGCUGGGGCUGAGCUGCUCAGGGAAACAAUGCCACUCUGUGCUCACUGUGGGAAAGCCAGGCCAGAUGAGCAAAGCUCAUUCCAGAAACAUGGCUGGGGACUUCCAGCCUUCUUACUACACGGCCUUUCCAAGAUUCCAAGUUGAUGAUGCAAACUGAAAGCAGUGAAUGCCAGGGCCCAGAAGGUAAUGUCUGCUGUGUGCAGAACCACAGAGGCUGCCCAGGGGUGGCACAGCACAGAGAAGUGGCAGUGCCAUGUUUAGGCACCUCGUAGCAGAAUAGGUGAUAAAUAUAAAUUUCUUCAAAAUGAAAGGAAGUGAGGGGGGAAGAAGAGGAGGGAAAAUGGGAGGAUAUGAGGAAGUGGGCACGCAGGCAAGUUCUCUGCCAUGCGGCCACGGAAGUGACAGUUAACCCAGAAGGAACAAAGACAUCUGAAUCCGAUAUUCCUUUGUAAAUCUGUAAAGGCUCUGCAAUAUAGGCUUUACUUCUAAAAAUUGCUGUCGGGUCCAUGAGGCUGUUGCCAGGAAGAGCAGACACACCAUUCUUCAUGGCAACUGCAGGGAUGGAGCAGUCAGGAGGAAGAGUCCUGUGGCUUCUCAGUCCCUGUGGGGGCUAACGCCAAGCUCUGUAGAACGAGCCUUAGAGCGCACACUCUACAGUCUAAUGAGAAACUUGUGUUUGUGCUUGCACACGUAUCAGUGUUCCCUGCAGGAUAUUUUACAAAGGUAUGAAAAUAAUGGCCAACCAGAAGCUAGUAUCAGUUUGGGGCCUAAAUGCAGCAGGUGUUGCUGAUAAGCAGAUAAGCAGAGCUCUUCCUGCAGUAGCCCAGGUCUCACCAAUCAAAUGACAAAUGGCUAAUCAAGACAUUCCUGCAAGCCCUCGAUGGUGAGAGCCGCAGAGCUGCUUCUUCAGCUGCCAUCAAGGCAGGACCUCAGGACCUGACUGUCUACAGUCAGGGAAGAGUGAACAAUAUGGGAUAUGGGUAUAGGUAGGUGGUAGGCAAGGAUGGUGCCCCAUGGCUGAUGGGCCGGGUGUCUCAGGCAGGCCCCCUGUGCACAGAAAGAGCCUAAGUGCAGAGGAGCCAGGCGUCUUUCCCCUGUCAUCUGUGGAAGGGGAAUGCAAUGGCCACAGACACCCCCAUGGCACAGACAUGGCCAGCCUCUGACAUUCUUGUGCAUCAGAGUAGCUCUGUCCUCAGAGCCCCAGUCAGCAGAGCUGGAUGACCAGGUCGCAAGAAGCAAACCAGGAAGUGUGAUGUCAGAGCUGUCAGAUCCCAUGUAAUAAACACUUCAGUAAACCCAA